AUGGCGCAUCGAAAUCCCAUCAUCCCCGGAUUUGCCCCGGACCCCUCGGUCGUCCGGAUCGACAAGACCUUCUACCUCGUCAACUCCUCCUUCCACCUCUACCCUGGGCUGCCCAUCUUCGCCUCUAGGGAUCUUGUUUCCUGGAGGCACAUCGGCAACGCCAUCCACCGGCCAACACAGCUCAGCCUCGCGCAAUCCGGCACAAGCCUGAACCCAGGGCCUGGCGAAUCCAGCGAGAAAGCGCCCGCUACCGGGGGCCUGUACGCGCCGACAAUCCGCCAUCACAAGGGUAUGGCAUACAUCGUCUGCACAAACGUCAUCUACGAUGCAAGCAGGGACACGGGAGACUGGGCUUCUGGCCUCUCAUUUCAGAACUUCAUUGUCUCCACACCAGAUAUAUGCGUUGGGCAGUGGAGCGACCCCGUCUUCUUUGACUUCCACGGCAUCGACCCAGAUCUCUUCUUCGACGACGACGGACGCGCCUACAUCGCAGGCUCCUCCUGGUCUCCCUCGCCUUCCUGCUGCAUCAGCUGCUUUGAGAUCAACGUAUCCACGGGUCGGAAGUUGAGCGAGGAAAGACCACUAUGGCGCGGCCACAGCCAAAUCAUCCCAGAGGGACCGCAUAUCUACAAACGCAAUGGAUCCUACUAUCUCCUGAUCGCAGAGGGCGGCACCCACGACGGCCACUGCGUCGCCGUCGCCCGCGCAGAAAGCAUCUGGGGCCCGUACGCAUCGUGUGCCCAGAACCCCAUCCUCAAACCAACCAACGCACUCGAUCCGUCUGUCUACGCUCACUACAACGGACACGGGGAUCUCGUCCAGGAUCCAAGUGGUGCCUGGUGGCUGGUCUGUCUGGGCGUACGCAGGGAUCGCGCCGGACGCAUGGUCCUGGGCCGCGAGACCUUUCUGACCCCCGUGAACUGGCCGGGCAAUCAAACCUGGCCGCAAAUCCAACAGCCGAUUCCGCGGACGAUUUGCGGAACAGCAAGUGACAAGGACAGUGAGGGAUUCCUACCGUCGCGCCAUAUCGAGGCCGUCCCGUCGCCAUUCUCACCAAGGCUGGACUUGGUUUGGGUCCGGAACCCCGAUCUCAAACGGUGUCGGAUUUCGGCCGACGGGAAGAUGAUAUCUCUUUUCCCGUCGCAGACGGAUCUGGGGCAGUGCACUGGGUGCCCGACUUCGUUUGUUGGGCGUCGGCAGCGUCGCUUGGAAGGGGUUGCGACAGCUUGUCUGGUGAAUCCGCCGAUGUCUGACGACGCUGGGGAUGCGAAAAUGGGGCUGGCCUAUUACAAGGAUGAGCAUCGCUAUGCAAGGAUUAUGUAUGAGCCUAGUGCGAAAACGGUGACCUUCGAGGUGGUGAAUUGGGCGAAGAAUCCACCUAUUUCGAGGAACAAAAGGCUGGCAGUUGACUUUACACCACCGACGAGGGUGCAGUUCCAAAUACUCUAUACGGAGCAGCUGAUUCACUUUCUUUAUCGGGUGAACGAAGGUGUCGGGCGGGAAGGAUGGCGUUCAUGCGGUCUUGUUGACACACUCGAAAUGACGGGGCAUGACUUCACGGGGCCGGUCAUUGGCGUAUUUGCAACAGGUACUGAAGAGGAGUGGCGUACUUUUGAAGAAGUUGAUAUCUGA